AUGGUGAUCACAUUGAUACCUCCAAUCUGGACUGAUCGUGACGAUUGUUUUCGUUGCCAUACAUCAUUCACAGCAUUCACACGAAAACAUCAUUGUCGUGCUUGUGGUGAAACGUUUUGUGCCUCAUGUUCAUCCAGACAAUGUCCUCUAUUGGAAUAUGGAAUCUCGGAUGAAGUUCGCGUUUGUAUCACUUGUUACGAUCGAAUUAAAACCACGGGUAGUAUCCGUCCGAAAACAUAUGUAAAUACGACUACUCAGGAGAAAAGUCAAGCUGAACUCGAUGAAGAACAAGCUCUUCGAAUAGCCAUCUCGUUAUCUCAGAAAGAAGCUGACGAAAAAGAACGUCAAAAGAAAUUAUUAACGCAACAGUACGCAACGUCAACUAUUCAAUAUCCACCGACACCAGCCGGUUCGGCACCGAUCGCUGAUGAUCAAGUGCAAAAUUAUUGGGAAACACAAACUAGACAAGAUCUGAUUACCAUCAAACCAUUGAACAAAGAUCCAUCGGUGCAAUAUGUUCGUGAUGAUGAAAUUGAUGCUUUCGUGAAUACUGUCAAUGAACAUAUUAACAAUAUUAAAUUUCGUAUGCUUAGUAAUCAACAACGUGGAAGAAAUAUAGCGAAUGAUACUGUUGUGCAAUCAGUUUUUCUUCUCCUACAAAAUAUGUAUCCGGAAUUCCAACGAUUGGUAAAAUCGCUCGAUGAUAAACAAGCAUAUUAUGAAAGUUUACAAGAUAAAUUAAGCCAAUUGAAAGAUGCACGUGAAGCAUUAAAUGCUCUACGUGAAGAACAUUUGGAGAAUAAAAGACGGCAAGAUCUAGAACGUGAACGACAACGGCAAAUGCAACUGGCUGCAAAACUUGAUGAUAUGCGUCAAAAGAAGCAUGCGUACCUGGAAUAUCAAAGGCAACUCCAUCUACAACGCUUGGCGGAACAAGAAGCUGAAAUGCAAGCAAGAUUAGAGCAACAGAGACGCUUUGCUCAACAACGUGAACAACAGAAUCAAAUGUCUUUUCCAUCAUUGCCAUCUGCUGGUUACUACCCUCCAUCUGUUCCACAAUUCUCCAUGGGACAACUGUCGACGAAUCUUCCAACAGUGGUACCAACAACAGUUUUAUCAUCACAACCAACUGUCUAUUCUCAACAAUAUCUAGCACAGCAUCCAACUACACCAGCAUCUAUACCAACUGAACAAAUAUUGAUCUCAUUCGACUGA